AUGAAGCCUCUCCAGUGUUUGGUUCUUGCAAAUCUUGUCUGCGCUUCGAGCACCGCAUUUCUGCCUCACUCACUACUAGCUUAUUUCGGUCUGUCAGGGAGUAACAUCGCACGUUUCAUUCGCGAGAUCAAUCAUCCCUACAUCAAGUUUCACCAGUACGACAUCGAAUCCCUUUCGGAUCCCACCGAGGCAUUAUGCAAUCCAGACUCACAAUUCCGAGCAUCCUUGCCGGAAUUCCCGGACCACCUAUUCAAAAGACUAUCCGUAGACAACAACAAAGUGUCCCAGGGCAGACGUGGAUGGACUAAUGCCAGAGAGGUCCUAUCUGACAUCCUAAGCUGCAAAGCGGCUCUUGAUGGCGUUGAAGAGUUUGAGGUCGACAUAUUCCUACAUAGGGGAGAGGAUGAGUGGUUUGGCGAGGCGCCGACCCCAUACGAUGAUGUUCUGGACCUAUUUGUACGGUUCUUCGCCAAUGCUCCGCGUCUUUCGAAUCUCACAUGGGUCCAACCGUCUACAGAUGGUGCUGCAGCCGCUACGUUUGAGAAAUACUUCCUGGAGCGAAACGUCGAACUUCCAGCCUUGGCAGAGGCAAGUCUCGGACCCAACAUGCACUUCUUGCUGCCUGGGGCACCACACUUGCGGAAGCUUACCUCCUACUCAAAGAGUUACGGAUGGUCCACUUACUCGAUGAGAUCUCUGUCUCAACAAGCAGAUGGUCCGCAGAUGAGUUUCGUGAGGUCCACUUCGAAGCUAAAGCGUCUCGAAGAGUUUGGCCUUCAUGCGACGUGGACACCAGAGUUGGUCGCUGAGCUACAACAGUCAGCGGGCCAACUAGUGGAACUAGAUAUGGACGGGGAUGUGGACGGACGGUGGACCGGGGAGAAUCUUGGGGCAAUGGCAAGGGAAUUGAACAAGUUCAAAAACCUGAGGCAACUUGGACUUCCUCAUGUUGUUCACUUAGGCUUCGACUCUGGUGAAUGGCCAGAUUGUGGCAACGCAUACUUCGGUGCUUCUGGAAGGGUCUUGAGACGGCAGGAGGAAAUAAGUUAUAUCUCCAGCACCGAGAAGGCAGCUGGAAUCAUCGCCCCCCUGAUGCCAAAUCUUGAGAAGUUGUGCAUAGGUGGUGAGUGCACGGAGACCACGCCUGGCAAGGAACUGAAAUGGCCAUGGACAGGCCGACUCCGGGAAUAUAUGCUGGAGGAAUGGCCGCGAUAUGACGGGAAAAGUGGCGAACGCGUUACAGUUGGAUACCGGGAGUCUGAGGACCCUCAAGGUCCAGUCCUGGAAAGCUGGGAAGAGGACAGAAAGUGGUUCGGUGGGUCAGAUGGCCAUGAGGAGCUUUAA